CGCGGUCAGGCGGAUUACCUCAAACCUGGAGUCGCCUAAAGCCUGUUUCGUUGGUGAGUUGGGGACAAUUUAACGUGAGCGACGUUUAGAGGGUGCCCAUAGUAACCGACAGCACCAGCAUCAUCAUCAUCAUCUUUGGUUCACAGCCUUGAGCAUGUCGGGAGGCAAACGCAGAGGAAGCACAAAACGCUGAAGUAGGCAGCACCAGCACCACACCUUCCGCGAGAUCCCGAGCCUGAAGCUGGUGCACUGGAUUAGACAUUGCGGAUCCGACCUCCAGGAUCCAUAAUGCCCGUUAAUCUAGCUUGACACCACCGAAAUGCUGCCGGGCUCUAUUCAGAUAACGGGAGAGGCGCUGUCCGGUGCUGAAAUCAAAGACAUAUGCGACAGCCUGAAGGAGAACAGCGUGCGGCUGCUGUCGGUGCGCGGCUGUCAGCUGUCCGACCGGGACUUCGGCCGCCUGUGUCGCGGCGUGGCGGAGUCGCACUCUCUCGCUCAACUGAACCUGAACCUCGGCGUGGUGUCCACCAUCGACCGGACCAAGCAGCUGGCAGAUGCUCUGAAGGCCAACAGAUCCGUCCAGACCCUGUUUCUCCACGGAAGUCCACUUUUAGAUGCAGGACUGGUCACCCUGAAUGGAGCCCUCUCCGCUCACCCCUCACUGGUGUCCUUGGAUUUGGGGGACUGCAUGCUUGGAGAUGAGGCAGCUCGUCUCAUUUGUGGCAUGCUUCCUCCGGAUGGAGCCAAAUCGGGGCUUAAAGAGCUUACACUGAGUGCCAACCCAGCCAUCAGCACGCAGGGUUGGGCUCAACUGGCCAUCGCCGUGGCUCAUAGCUCACAGUUACGGGUCCUCAACCUCGACUACAAUCCCUUAGGGGAUCACAUCGCUGGGAUGCUGGCUGUCGCUGUCUCAUCCAGUCGAACUCUAGAAGUUCUGGACUUGGAGGGAACCGGCCUCACCAAUCAGUCAGCACAGGUCUUCCUAGACAUGGUGGAGAACUACCCCACCAGCCUGCGUGUGCUGGUUCUAGCCGAGAACGACAUUAGUCCUGAGCUGCAGCAGCAGAUCUCAGAUCUCCUCUCUGAAGGCGAGGAGGAGGAAGAUAAAGACGGAGAGGCGCGCGGAAGCUCGGUGACCCCCAGGGAGAAACCAGCCUGGGUUCCCCACAGCAUAACUGGUUCUAAGAGGCUGGGGCAAAAGGGAAGUACAGAAAUUGACAUUACUCAUGCAUUAUUUAGGAGAGAUCAUUUCUACUUACGAAAUAGAAAUAUGAAUUGCUUAUAAUGGCCAAGCUGUGUGUUUUCUGUCCUGUAUAUCCUAAAGUCAUUAGGCUUAGAGGUAUUAUUAGUAAGGGUACAUUUUAAAGGAAUAGUUCAGCCAAAAAGGAUCCUUCUGUCAUCGCUCACCCUCAUGUCACUCCAAACCUAUCUGACUUUCUUUUUUGCGCAAAAGAAAAGAGUUUUGGAAGCAAAUCCUGACCAUUCUUUUCCAUAUAAUGAAAGUGAAUGGGGACUGGAGCUGACAAAACAAGCACCUUAAAAGUAUCAAACAAGUACUCCGUAUCACUAAAACCAAUGACGUCAAUGGUGCCACAUCUUUACAGAAAGACUGUUAUACGCAUUUUCAGUAGCCUAAAUUUUUGUCAUACGUUAAUGAUUUUUGUUGUCGCAUGGAUUACUUUUUUGGUACUUUUAUGUUUUUUUUUGUCAUUUUGGAGCCUGAAAGACCCAGUCCCCUCUCAUUUCCGUUACUGCACAUGCCUCUUCAAAAGUUUGGGGUCAG